AUGCUGACUCGACUAAGUAGACGAUUUCAGUCCACCAGAGCGCUUACGGUGGGCGAUCGUGUAGUGAUAACGAAAAGAGUCGAUAAAUCGGAUAUCAACGAGUUUGCUCGCCUGAGUGGUGACACUAAUCCCAUACAUUCUGGUGAUCGUCCAUUGGUGCACGGCAUUUAUUUGGCAGGUCUGGUAUCCGGGGUGAUUGGCACCAAGUUACCUGGUGACGGCACGGUUGUCGUGUCCAAGACCCUGAGGUUCCCAAAUGCUUGUUAUGCCGGCGAUCUAGUCAAAAUCGAAGUUGAGAUACAGACCAUAAGAAAGCUUGUGAGGUGUGGAUUUUGGUGUAGUGUCGGGGACAAGGUAGUCAUGGAAGGCACAGCGGACGUUAUCAAUAAACGUCUAACUAAAAAUCAGACGUGUAAUAAUACAGUUUAA